UAACACAACACACUACACAGCCUCCAAAGGAGACCAAGACUUGGUGUCUCCAUAUUCUUUUCCUGUUUGCGGCUUCUUCUUCCCUCCGGUAUCCUAAGUACAGUCCUUUCUCUGCUUUUCUGAUUUACGCAUAGACUGUGGAAACAGAACUUUGUAAUGGCUCUUAGUUUUGAGGUUCUGGGAAGGUUUAAUCGUGCCCGUGCAGCUCAAUUGACUCUCCCUCAUUUUGUUUGCCAAACACCUCUGUUUAUGCCUGUGGGAACACAAGGGACAAUAAAGGGUUUGACAACUAAUCAGCUUGAGGAGAUUGGCUGUCAAAUAAUUCUUGGGAAUACAUAUCAUUUGGCACUUCGUCCUACCUCUGAGCUUAUUGAUGAAUUGGGUGGUCUUCACAAAUUUAUGAAUUGGCCUAGAGCACUGCUUACUGAUUCUGGUGGCUUUCAGAUGGUUUCUCUUCUGCAUUUAGCUGACAUCACUGAAAAGGGUGUAACGUUUCAGUCGCCGGUUGACGGAAAGCCAAUGCUCUUAACACCUGAGGAAUCAAUUCAAAUUCAAAACAGAAUUGGAGCAGAUAUAAUUAUGGCUCUUGAUGAUGUAGUAAAAACUACCAUUACUGGUCCACGAAUUGAGGAGGCCAUGUAUCGCACCCUUCGCUGGAUUGACAGAUGUAUAGCAGCUCACAAGAGACCACAUGAACAGAACUUAUUUGGUAUUGUACAAGGUGGUUUAGAUCCUGUGCUAAGGGAUAUAUGUGUUAGAGGCUUGGUGGAUCGGAAUUUACCUGGCUAUGCUAUUGGUGGUCUUGCAGGCGGUGAAGAUAAGGAUUCCUUUUGGCGUGUUGUCGCCCAAUGUACUGCUGCAUUGCCUGAGGAUAAACCAAGAUAUGUUAUGGGAGUUGGGUAUCCACUGGAUAUUGUAGUUUGCAGUGCUUUGGGUGCUGACAUGUACGACUGUGUCUAUCCAACACGCACUGCUCGUUUUGGCACUGCUCUGGUACCUGAGGGAGUUCUAAAACUCAAACACAAAGCAAUGGCUGAUGACACUCGGCCCAUUGAUCCUACGUGCGCUUGUAUGGUUUGCAAGAACUAUACAAGGGCUUACAUUCAUUGUCUUGUUACAAAGGAUGCUAUGGGAUCUCAGCUUUUGUCAUAUCACAAUUUGUAUUACAUGAUGCAGUUUAGCAGAAAUCUACACUCUUCAAUAAUUGAGGGAAGGUUUCCAGAGUUCGUGUGCGAUUUUCUGCAGAAAAUGUUUCCUAAAGGUGAUGUCCCUGAAUGGGUCUGCAACGCCAUGGAGGUUGCUGGAAUUGAUAUCUCUUCCUGCUGUGCUCCAUUCCCUUCAUCCCAGGAUUAGAUUACAAAUAUUUACACAAGGAUUUAUUUAAGAGAACUUUACACACCCGGCCUCAAAGAAUUUAUCAUUAAAGGUAAUCUAAUUUACAGGUGACAACACUGCAGCAUAAGUUUUGUAGUCAAUAUGCUGCCAUAAUUAGGAAUUAAAUCCACUGAAAAAUCUCCUCUCCUUUUUGUUUCCCACUUUUCCUUCACUGAUUGGUUGUACAAUUGCAAGAAAAUCUUGCUUUCACAUAUCCUUAUGCAUUAUUAACAUAAAGUUUUCUGUAUUAUUUUUAUA